AUGCCACCUCGAAAACGUUCCGCAGAGGAAAUAACCAGCAGUCGGCGAAGCUCGCGGAGAGUCUCCACCACUCAAAGUCAAUACUUCGAAGGCAGUGAGGGUACGGAAGAGAGUGAUGCGCCACCACCAAAGAAGCGUGGAAGACCACCAAAGAAGCAGCCUAAAAAAGAAGAAUCCGAGGAACCGUACGAAGAUGAGCUAGUGCAGGAGCCAGAAGAAGAAGAAGAGGACGAUGAUGACGAAGAUGACGAGGAUGCGCCUCCAAAAGUUACUAUUAUUCCAUUGGAGAAGUUGAGAGACACAGAUGGUAUAGAAUAUGAAGACUUCAAAUUACACAAGAAUACCAUGUUGUUCUUGCGAGACCUUAAAGCCCACAACCAGAGACCUUGGCUGAAGUCGCAUGAUGGAGAGUAUCGUCGCGCUUUGAAGGAUUGGAACUCCUUUGUUGAGUGCGCAUCCGAAACCGUUAUAUCAGCCGAUGAAACGAUUCCCGAGCUUCCCAUCAAAGACGUCAUUUUUCGAAUCCAUAGAGACAUUCGCUUCAGUAAAGAUCCUACACCAUACAAGCCUCACUUCUCCGCUGCGUGGUCUCGAACAGGUCGCAAAGGCCCGUACGCCUGUUACUACAUCCACUGCGAGCCCAAAAGAUCUUUCAUCGGUGGUGGGUUAUGGUGUCCCAGCGGCGACCAAAUGCAGAAACUCCGCGCCAGUAUUGACGAACGACCCGAUCGAUGGCGCCGCGCACUCAACGACGAGGCCUUUAAGCGCACAUUCUUGCCAAAAGCUGCCAACAAAUCCGAUCCUAACGCAGCGCUACUUGCUUUUGCGGAGAAGAACAAAGAGAAUGCCCUUAAAACUAAGCCAAAAGGCUUUACGGCAGAACAUCGUGAUAUUGCGCUGCUGAAGUUGAGGAACUUUACUGUUGGAACACAGAUAGACGACAAUAUCUUCUACCAGGAUGAUGCGCAAGAGAAGAUCAGCGAGAUUAUACGCCCUAUGGUUGGAUACGUUUCAUUUUUGAAUAGCAUCGUUAUGCCGGACCCUGGCCAAGAUGACGACAGUGAUGAAGAUGAGGAUGAAGGAGAAGGAGAAGGAGAGUCUAACGACGGCGAAGACAGUGGUGAUGACUAG